AUGCCGGCUGUUCCGCUCGUGACGCGCGAGGAUGCGCUCCGCAAGAUUGAGGAGCAGUUCCAGCUCGACCUGCCCAUGCUCAAGUCGCUGUCGCAGCGCUUCCAGGAGCUCUACGACUACGGCCUGGCCAACCACGGCGCAGACAUGCAGAUGAUCCCCUCGUUUGUCACAGGCGUCCCCAACGGCUCCGAAAAGGGAACCUACCUCGCCCUCGACCUCGGCGGCACCAACCUCCGCGUCUGCGAGGUCACCCUCGACGGCAAGGGCGGCUUCACCAUGAAGCAGGAAAAGUACAAGGUCUCCGACGCACUCAAGCAGGGUCCGGCUCGGAACCUGUUCGACUACAUGGCACAGAGCGUCGACACGUUCCUCACCGACUUUGGAACCGCGUCGACCGACGACGAGCUCCUCCUCGGCUUCACGUUCAGCUUCCCCGUCGAGCAGACGGCUCUCGCCCGCGGCCACCUCAUCCACUGGACCAAGGGCUUCAACUGCCCCGACGCGCCGGGCAAGGACGUCGUCGGCCUGCUGCAGGAGAGCCUCGACCGCAAGCACAUCAAGGUGCGCUGCAACGCCCUCGUCAACGACACGGUCGGCGCGCUCCUCGCGCACGCCUACCACUCCAACGGCGCCCUCAUCAGCGCCAUCUUUGGCACGGGCACCAACGGCGCCUACAUCGAGGACAUCUCCAAGAUCAAGAAGCUCAAGAUGGCAGAGGGCUCCAUCAAGCAUAUGGUCGUCAACACCGAGUGGGGCGGCUUCGACGACGACCGCAAGGCUCUCCCCGUCACCGUCUUUGACAACAGGCUGGAUCGAGAGUCGAUUCGGCCCCGCAACCACGUCUUCGAAAAGAUGAUCAGCGGCAUGUACCUGGGGGAGUUGACACGCCACGUGCUCGUCCACCUGAUCGACUCGCUCGUGCUCUUCGACGGCUUCUCUUCCGUUGUGAUGAACACGCAAAACGGCUUCGACACGGCCUACAUGUCGGCGAUCGAGGCUGACAAGGAGGAAGCGUCGUCGCCGCAAUCGGCAACGCGCAAGGUCCUUGUCGAGACGAUGCAGAUCCCCGCCGACAAGGUGUCUGCAGAGGAUGUGGACACGGUGCGCCGCGUCUGCAAGAUCGUAGGCACCCGGGCGGCCCGACUGAGCUCGGUGGCGAUCGCUGCCACGCUGGUGCAGACGAACAACGUGCAGAGCCGCGGCGACGGGCCCGACGAGGGCGUCAAGGUGGGGAUGGACGGGAGCGUGAUUGAGUUUUACCCUCACUUCGAGGAGCGCAUGCGCGAGGGUCUGCGGGAUCUCUUGGGCGAAGACGCUGAGAGGCGGGUCAAGAUUGGUCUGGCCAAGGACGGCAGUGGUGUCGGCGCUGCCCUCGGCGCCUUGCAAGCGGCCAAGCAAGAAGCCAGCGGCCACCGAGUCGAAGCAUGA